GUUUACAUGAGCGCAUAGAAGUGCCACGGUGCGUACGCACCCACGAGUGAGUAUCAAGACUCGAACUCGAGCGGGGGUUUCCCAGGUAUCAUCACCCUGGUAGCCAUCUGGACUAGGCCUCAGACCCUCAGUUGCAUUCGCCCUCCUUCCUGACUAGGCCGCUAUAAGUACCUUCCUCCUCCACCAAACCAAGCACCGCCGAAUCCUCAAUUCCAGUCUCCCGCUUCCGCAGCCCCUCGCCGCCUUCCCUGCCUCCGCCCAAACCCUAGGCCGCCGCCCGUCUCGCACCCACCGCCGGCUGCCGCCCUCGAUCCCCAGCGUUGCGGCAUUUCCGCGAGCACCUCGCGCGCCUCUCCCCUUCGCGCCGCGGCAGUUCGGCAUUUCCACGGCCACCUUCUCCGCGCGCCCUGUCGCCAUGGCUCGCGGCCUACGAUCCCAGGCCCGGGAGGCUCGAGAGCUCCACAUCAAGGGCCAGCACGAGGAGGCGCUGGCCCGCGCCCUGGAGGUCCUCGGCGCGAACCCUGGCUCCGCGCUCGCUCUCAACCUCGUCGGCUCCCUCCACCGCCACUUCGGAAGCGCGGCGUGGAGAGCCAGGGCCUCCGACGACGACGAGGCCGCGUCCACGCUGGAGCUGCAUCACCACCAGCUCGCCCUCGACGCUUUCUCCGCCGCUGCCCGGAUCGCGCCCAACUGCGUCAUGACCGCCAUCUGCCACGCCGAGGCGCUCGCCGCCUGCAGCCGGAUCCCCGACGGGCAGGUGGAGCUGCUCCGCGUAUGCUCCAUGCCCGAGGCCAACCACAUGGACCCGGCGGUGCACCACGUGGGGUACGACCUCGUCCUCGAAGCCUCCACCGCCAAGAAGAGGAAGAGCGAGGCCCUGUGCAAGGCCAACCUCAUCAUGCAGGACUUCGAGGCCAUGAUCAACGACAAGGUUGUGCCCGAGGAGGCCGCCGAGUUGCUUGCCGGGGAUGCCGCUUCUGCUGAUGUGCGACGGCGUGCAAACCUAUUCUCCCAGAGAUACCCGUACUCGGCGCGCGCCCAGUUAAUCCUCGUAUAUGUCGAAUUGGAGCAUGUCCGUACCAUCGAUCUGGCAGCUGACAGGCAGCGCCGUCUUUGGCCCAUUCUCGCCGUGAUUUCUGAAGCGGCAGUCGUCUUCGACCGCUCGCUCCUGGUUGCCUUGUUCCACGCCAAGGUCUUGUUCGCCCUGGAUGAGUUUGAUGAAGCGGAGAGGGAGUGCCGCCGAGCACUCCGCGUCGAGGAGCCGACUGACCCCAAUUUGGACGACAUACCUCCUGCUGUAUCUGUUCCCGGCGCAGAUUACGAAUCCAGAGUAUCGUCUGUCAGGAAACAGCUCCGUAUCUUGCUCAAGCGGGUCAUAGUUGUGGCUGCCCUAUGCUGGAGCUCUAUCGAGAGCACGCAACACGGCGACAGGGUUGACAGGGUCAUAUCACUCAAGGCUGCAACGCUGCAGGAGCACUACAACAGAAUCGACCCGUCCGCAGCAAAGACCAUAUCUGAUACACUGCGCUUUCUCAAGAAUCAGAGCUCAUGGAGUUUCUUGGUUUGCCCCAAUUCCAGUUGUCAUGGCAAAAGGUUUCUGGGCAUUGAAUCUCUCUGGAAACACAUGCGCAAGCAGCACCGAGAUGGGCUCUGGAAUAAGCUGGAGGCAGUCUUAGGUUCACAUCUUUAUGAAAAUACAUCAAACGAUGAUGAUGAUCACCCAUUUGAUGAGAUAACUCUCUCUAAAGAUUCGCAACAGCAUGACAUCUUCCAUUUACCAACGGUGCAACCUAUGUUUAGAUCCUUGCUCCUUUCACCAUCUAUUGGAAUCCAAGCAGAACCACUCUCUGAAAUGCGACAAAGGAAAUGCAGAGAAGGAGCUGAGAUCAUUGCGGAUAUUAAGAAGAAGCUGAGGAUGUUGCCUAAAGAUGAACUUAACACCGAGUAUGAGGAGGUGUGUUUUGCAAUAAAUGACUUGUGGCUUAAGUUCCUCAAAACUUCUGCGCUGGAUCAUCGUGAAGUCAUCCUUCCCCUUGCGAGAUCAUUCCAAUGGAUACAAAUGAAAAUUUCGAUUGCUCUUAGUGCAAAGGAUCUUGGUAGGUUCAUUGGGGGUGCCAAUAUAGACAUUACGUUCGGAAAAGUUCCUGCUGCCCCUGACAGGAAUGUUUCUGUGGUACAUGGCUCAGAACCCUCACACGCCAGCAAUAUUGACAAUCCAAGUGGUGAUAACCUACAGACAGAAAACUUGCAGCCUUUGUGCUCAGACGAGACACUUAAGGAUGGUGAAAAAUGUGAAGAAAGUGAGAUUCAUGUUGUAGAUAGCAAAUCUGAGACCAUGGUAGACCAAAGAUCUAUGGAUCCACCAAUUGACGUUCAUGAAAGUGGGCUGAACGUUCUUGCAUCCGACGAGACACUUAAGGAUGGUGAAAAAUGUGAAGAAAGUGAGAUUCAUGUUGUAGAUAGCAAAUCUGAGACCAUGGUAGACCAAAGAUCUAUGGAUCCACCAAUUGACGUUCAUGAAAGUGGGCUGAACGUUCUUGCAAGAAUUGCAGAGUUGGAACUAGAAAAAGAAGAUUGGUCCAAGAAAGCCAAUUGUUCAUACAACAAUGAUGGAGAGAAGAGCAAUGUUCUUUCUCAAAAGAACCUUUCUCCAAUUAUACCUCAUGAUACUUUUCACAGUCAUCCUAGAUUUAUACCCUUGGAGGGAUGUUCUGCUAGUUAUGCUGCACAGCUCCACAUGGAACGCUGGGCUGCUGCAAUGGAGUUGUACAGUGACCCAGAUGUUUCCUCUGGAACUUCUGGCCAAUCUGUCGAGGAAAUGGCUGAUAAAGACCUGUCUAUCUUGAGCGUAGUCAUACAGUCAUUGUGCAAUCUGAGACAUUUCAGAGAUAAUUUUCUAACUGAGCCACUUGUAUGGAUCAUGUCUGCUGACAAUGUCUGCAUGGCUCUGCAAUUUUAUGAAAUUUUCACUUCUUGGGAGAAAAAUGACUACCACUUAACGGAUGUUGUACUAACUUACAUGAAGACCCUUCUCUGCGGAGUAGAUCACACUAUUUUUCCUGAAAAGGUUGGGAUAAAUUUUGCUUCUGAGAUUUUGGCCACAAUUCUCAUUGGAUUGCAUAUGUCAGAAACUUGUUCACGUUUUGGUUUAAACAAGGAGACGGAGAAACACGUGGUAAACCCAAUCAUGUGCGGAGAUUGCAUGUGCCCAACACAUAAUCUUUUUGGGAUCAAAUUUAAUGCGCAAAUGAGCUGCGAGUGUGGGAAGUGUUAUGGCGAAUACCCAUAUACCGCACUUUUCCAUAAACUUGAUGCUGGUUCACCUCAAACAACGAAGAUCAAGUCCUUCGCAGAGCUUCGAGUUCUAUUGGAUGAACAGUUCUGUAAGGACAACAACUGCAAGGAUUGUGGAAAUAUGCUGAAUACUGAUAUGUUGCUUUCAAACACACCACAUUUCUUUACAAUAGUUUUGAACUGGCUGAGUAGCAGUGAAAGCCCGGACAUACUCUCUGAGUUCCUGGCUGGCAUUACGUCUCCCGUUGACACUGGAUUCUUUUGCAAAAGUGCCGAUCCUUCAACUAUGUAUACUGUCACCUCCAUGAUUUGCUGUGCUGAUGAGAGCUACGUCUGCUUUGCUCGUGAUGACGAGGACAAAUGGCUCAUAUAUGACUUUGAUACUGUUGAGACAGAAGAUACUUGGGAGCAUUUGCUAGAAGGUUUCAAGAACUGCAAGCUCCGGCCUCAAGUUCUAUUUUUUGAGGUCAUUAAGUAGAUUGGUGCAUAGUUUUGUAGAAUGCAAACCUCUGUUAAACGAUUAGACCCAAAAUUUCGACCCACUUUCUUGUUGUCACCAUUCCGGUGUUUCUUGUUGAUGUGAUUCCUCCAUGGAUUGGUCACUCAGCAAAACAAAUUGGAUGUAAAUUCUUCAUGGAUGAUAGUUCUUUUGUUGUAAACUUGGAAGAAAGGGAUUUGUGAUGUUUUCUCUUUGUAA